AGUAAAUAAAGAAAUUAUGAUUUAUAUUUAUAUAUUAUAUUAAAAACAUGUAACAUAACCUAUGAUAAAAACGAAGAAGAAAAUUUUUAUAAAUUAAAGAAUCAAUAUAGAAUAACAUUUAAUAAAAAUGAAUAAAGAAAAAGAAAAUUUUACAUUUUAUUCUAAUGAUUUUAAAGAUUUUACAAAAAAAUUACAUGAUAUUUGUAAUUGGAGUCAACUUGAUAAUGUGGCUAUAGAAUAUCAUGAUUUACAAGAAACUAUCUAUAUACAUUACAAAGAACUUUUUCAUAUAAAAUCUAUGAUUUCUGAUUAUUUAAAACAUAUACAAAAUGUUGAAUUUAUCGGUAUAAAUUUUGAUAUUCCUGAAUAUUGUGUAAUUUCUUUAAUACUUGGAAUUUUAAAUAGUAAACAUAGUUUUAUAAAUAUACCUGUAGAUUCAACAGAAUUUAUAAACUUAAAAAAUUAUUUAAAUCUACGUUAUUUAUUUUGUACACAAAGUAAUAUUGAAGGAAAUAUUGUUUGUCAAUUUGAGAUACAUAAAGAAUGUAUUUAUCUUAUAAAAUUGAAAGAUGUACAAAAACAAAUUAUACAAAAUGCAAAACAAAAUUGUUAUGCUUAUGCAAUUUCUACUUCUGGUUCAACUGGAGUACCAAAGGUGAUAAGAGUACUUCAUUCAUGUAUAGUUCCUAAUAUUUUAGAUUUGAACAAAAUAUUGGCAAUAACAAAAUGUGAUAAAAUUUCUCAAUUUACAAAUUUUACAUUUGAUCCUAGUAUUAUCGAAAUUUUUCUUGCUCUCUCAAAUGCUGGAACAUUGUUUAUGGUUUCAAAGUCAUUAAAGAAUAAUCCAGAUAGACUGUUGAAAGUAGCUUAUUCUAGUCAGAUUACUAUAUUACAAAUAACCCCAUCAGUUUUUAUGUAUAAUUGGUCACCUGAAUCUUUAAAAAGCAGUAUUUUAAGUAAUAACACUUCAUUAAGAACUAUUCUUUUUGGUGGAGAACCUUUUCCAAAACUUGAAGUAAUUUCUGAAACUAUGCACCCUUAUAAUAAUACUAAAAUUUAUAAUAUCUAUGGUAUUACUGAAGUAUCCUGUUGGGCUAGCAUUAAUGAAAUUUUAAUAACAGGUGGACAAUUUAAUGUACAUUACUUGGGACAGGUAUUAUCACAUACUCUGCUUCAAGUUAGAAACAAAAGAGGAGAAGUAAUAACAAGUGGUACAGGUUUUCUUUAUAUAGGAAGUAAUCAAAGAGUGUGUCUGGUAAAUGAUGAAAAUAUUGAAGAUUUAGAAUUACCAGUAUUUCGUGAUUCUGGUGAUAUUGUUGAUAUUGAUGAAGAGGGUAAAAUAUUUUACAAAGGAAGAAAGAAUAGUUUUAUAAAAAGAUUUGGAAAUAAAGUAGAUUUGACAAAACUUAAAGAAUUUGUAUUGCAAAUAGAUUUUGUAAAAAAUUGUUAUGUUUUAUGGGAUGAUAGUUACCAUCAUUUACAUUUGUAUUUUUCUAUUAAAAAAAACGUAGUUAAUUGUCAUAAUAUAAAUAUUAAAAUAAUGAAAUAUUUAUGUAAAUUAAAUCCUUUAUAUAGACCAGAUAAAAUUCAUUUCAUGAAUCAUAUAGAAUUUACAUCUAGUGGAAAAAUUUCUUUGGAACAUUCAAAAGAACAUUAUAUACAAGACAAAAUAACAGAUAAAAUAAUAAAUAAUAUCGAUUUACAACAAAUUGAAGUUGCGUUUAAAUCUAUUUGGGAAAAUAAUUUACAACGUAAAAAUAUUGGAUUUGUAAAAUUAGGAGGUACAUCUAUAGUAGCACUUCAGAUAUCAAAUGCCAUGUCUGAAAUAUCAAACAUAGAAUUUCCUAAAUUAAUUGGUAUGCUUUUAAUGGAUUCUACUAUUGACGAAUGUCUUAAUUAUAUAAAAAGUAUUGUAUUAAAUAAUCAAAAUGGAAUAAUUGAUUUUAAAUCUCAUAAUAAUAUUAGAGAGUUACCUUUAAUCACUGUUAUUACAAUAGAAGAUGAAAAAUCUUUUAGAGAUUCUAAUAAAAAAAACAAAAAAUAUAAUUCAACAAUUCAAGUAAAUGACAUUCAAUUAUGUCAGUGGUACAAAUGUAGAGGACAAGUAUAUAAUUAUAUAUCAGAUAUAAAUGAAGAAUUUAAAUUACAAUAUGAUACAAUUUCAAAAGUCAAAAUACAAAAAACAUAUGAUAUGAGAAAAUGUGUAGAUGCAUCACCAACUAUAUUUCGUUAUUCAGAUGGAAAAACAUAUGCAACAGUUGGUUCUCAUUCUGGUUUUAUUUUUACGUUUGAAUUAGAAAAAGAGUGCCAUAAUCCUAUAUUUAAAAUAAAGCUACCUGAUAGAAUUGAAUCUUCAGUUUUGAUUUUGGAUAAUUUUAGAGGUAUAGUAGGAUGUUAUGAUGGUAAUAUAUAUUGUUUUCAUUUAAAAACAGGAAAAUUUAUUUGGAAUUAUAAAACAGGAAAUGUUGUAAAAAAUUCUGUAACAUUUUGUAAAGAAAAAGGAAUAAUAUUUGUUGGUUCUUAUGAUUGUUACAUAUACUGCUUAUCUGUUAAAGAUGGGUCUGAAAUUUGGAAAUUUAAAUUCGGAAAUGGAAGCAUUAACGCUUCUGGUUGUUUACACCUUCAAUCAGAUACUGUAUUAUUUGGAACUUUAGAUGGAUUUUGUUUAGCUCUUCAACAAUUAUCAGGAAAACUUGUAUGGAAAUAUAAAUUAUCAGAUCCAAUUUUUGUUGCUCCUGUAUCAUUAAAUAAUGGACUCGUUUUAUUUUGCUCUGUAACAGGAUUAUUAUGUUGUUUUGAUAUUGAAGUUAAUGUUAAGAUGUGGACAUACAAAAUUAAUGGCAAUAUAUUUUCAUAUAUUGUGAAACAAAAUGAUACAAAAUAUGAAAAUAUUAUUUUAGCUAGUCAAAAUAAGAAUUUAUAUUGUUUAGAAUCGAAAGAUACAAACUUUAAAACUAAACCGACAUUGAAAUAUGUAUUAAAUUUUCAUUCGCCAAUUUUGGCCACACCUUGGUGUGAAAAUAAUUUUUUAUUUAUUGCAUGUAAAGAUGGUACUUUAAAUAUUUACAACUCUAUAAAGAAUAGAGUGAUAAAAAUUGAAAAACUUCCUGCAGAAGUUUUCUCAUCACCUGUUGUUAAUAAUAAUGUUAUAAUUAUUGGAUGCAGGGAUAAUAAUGUUUAUGCUUUAGAACUUGUUUAAAUUUUUUCGGUAAGUAAAUAUAUGAAAUAUUUCUUAAAUUGUAACAUAGAUAGGAAUACAAAUUAAUGAAAUUAAUAUAAUACGAUUUAUUUUUUUUUUUAUGACUGUCACAUUACAGUUAUGUGAAUAACGUUUUAGAUAAAGUAAUAGGAAAUCACAUACUUUUUUUUUGUUCAAUAAAUUUUAUACAUAAUACAAAUUCACGGUGCGCUUACAGUUUGAAGAGAAAUGCAAGCGAAAUAAGAAAUUCUGAAAAAUAGCCAAUCAAUCGCUCAAUAACAAAACAUUCACGCAUACGCAAGUGCACACGUAUAGUAAUUUUUAAAGUAAUUUUUAAUUCUGUACAUAAUUAUCCUUUUUUAGAUCUAUUAAUGUGUUUUUAAAAUUCAUAUUAAUGAUUUUGUAAAUAUUAGACAAAGAAAUAUUCCAGCUCUUAGAUUCACAUAAAAUAACAACAUUUCAACGAUUCCAUUUUUUUUAUAUUCCCAUUCAAACAUAUUUAAGAAUGAGAAAGUAUAUAUAUAUAUAUUGUAUAUAUAAUAUAUCUAUUCAAUAUAUAUAUUUAAAUGGUUGGCCGCUCUUUUUUCUUUCUUUUUAUUUUGACAUCCAUUUUUUGUAAUAUUUUCUAUUGCAAGCAAAUUAAUCUUUGCGAGUGCUUUUGCAAUUUAUACGUAUGUACUUUGAAUUUUUUAACGUAUGUGUUUGAAAUUUAUAUUAAUAUCAUAACUAAAUGUGCAGAAUCAAUAUGACAUAUCUUCUAAUUCUAUACUGCGGCAUGCUAUUUAUAUAAUUGCGUGUAGAAUUCAUUUUUUUAAAUUAUCUCUAUCUUGUACCUCGUGUCGUAACGCAUUUUUACUACUGCAAUUAGUCAUAUAACUAUAGGACUUUUUAACAUUUACAAUCUCAAUAAACAAUUAUAUUCUUAUGUUUUAAUUUGAUAAUUAAAAUAUGAUACAUUUAUAAAGUCACGAUAAUCGGCUCUGUCAUGUUUUAUUCAAAUCAUGUUAUAUCCAUGAUGAAUACAUGGGCACACUUAAACCACACAGUAACUUGUAUUUUGAAAUUUGUUUAAAAUUUAUCGACGAAUAUCCAAAUGACAAAUGUUACAAGCUCUAAUAUCUUCAUUUUCUGUGAAAAUGGUUGUACACGUGUACUUUAGACAUAAUGUAAAAAGGGCAGUUUUUAGAAUUAGAUUGGAAUAAAUUUGAAAAAUAAA